GGAGGAAGGACCCGAUGGCGAACAGCAGCGAGCUGGGGAGCAGCAGCAGCCCGCACCUGCCCAGCGCCGGCGGCCUGCUGAGCGCCUCCGGGCUAAAGCUCGCCACGCUGGGGCUGAUCCUCUGCGUCAGCCUGGCCGGCAACGUGCUCUUCGCCUGGCUCAUCCUCAAGGACCGGCACCUGCACCGCGCGCCCUACUACCUGCUGCUGGACCUCUGCCUGGCCGACGGGCUCCGCUCGCUCGCCUGCUUCCCCUUCGUCAUGCUGUCGGUGCGCAGCGGGGCCGCCUGGCCCCACGGGCCCCUCAGCUGCAAGGUGCUGGCCUUCCUGGCCGUGCUCUUCUGCUUCCACGCCGCCUUCCUGCUCUUCUGCGUGGGGGUCACGCGCUACAUGGCCAUCGCCCACCACCGCUUCUACGCCAAGCGCAUGACGGGCUGGACCUGCCUGGCUGUGGUGUGCAUGGUGUGGACCCUCUCCAUGGCCAUGGCCUUUCCCCCCGUCUUUGACGUGGGCACCUACAAGUUCAUCCGCGAGGAGGAACAGUGCAUCUUCGAGCACCGCUACGUCAAGGCCAACGACACGCUGGGCUUCAUGCUCAUGCUGGCGGCCGUCAUCGCCGCCACCCACCUGGUCUACAUCAAGCUGCUCUUCUUCAUCCACGGCCACCGCAAGAUGAAGCCGGCGCAGCUGGUACCGGCCAUCAGCCAGAACUGGACCUUCCACGGGCCGGGCGCCACCGGCCAGGCGGCUGCCAACUGGACGGCCGGCUUUGGCCGGGGGCCCACGCCGCCCACCCUCGUGGGCAUCAGGCAGGCCACCCACAGCCAGAUCAAGAGGCUGCUGGUGCUGGAGGAGUUUAAGAUGGAGAAAAGGCUCUGCAAGAUGUUCUACAUGAUCACCUUGCUCUUCCUGCUGCUCUGGUCCCCCUACAUUGUGGCCUGCUACCUGCGGGUCUUCAUUAAGGCCAGCUCCAUCCCCCAGGUGUACCUGACCACCUCUGUCUGGAUGACGUUUGCCCAGGCAGGGGUCAACCCGAUCCUCUGCUUCAUCUUCAACAAGGAGCUCAGGGUCUGUCUCCGAGCCCACUUCCCGUGCUGCCAAAGCAUCCAGAGCACCCAGGGCACCAUCCUUUGCGAUCUCAAGAGCUUUGGGAUGUAGGGGGGAUUUUCUCUUUCUAAAAAAGAAAGAUGGAUAUAAAUUUCCAUGUUUCUGCAUAUGAGCUCAAGAGAGUGUGACCUGUGGGGGACAUACUAAACCACCACCCAGCACCCAAACCUUAGGCUGUAAGAAGCUAUUUUAUUUAUUUUUCUAUAUUUUGCGUAUGCUCUCUUCAGAACAUAACAGGUUGCUGUCUAUGGGACCAGGUACUACUUGAGCAGAACACCCCCAAACCUUAGGCAGUAAGAAGCUGUUUUUUUCUUUGUGAUUGUGUGGUUUUUAAAAACAAAACAGGGCUCCGAGUUUCUGGUCUUGCUUCUAACGUUUCUAAACAUGAUUCCAACAGAUAUGGAUUAAGGCCAUGACAUUUUUUUUGUUUCCCUAUUCCUGUCUGUUUUGAUAAAGGCUUAACAAUUUUACUCAUGUAAUAUUUGAUAAGGGCCAAGACAAUUUUAUACUAAAGUUAUUUUUGAUGACCUCAAGGGGUGUUGUUUUAUUAUUAUUUGAUUUUAAGUGAAGAACAUGAAGAGGACGUUCCUGAUGUGGUCAGAAGUCAGUUUUGGUGGGAGCUGUUGGGUUCAUUCAUUCUCAAAUGGUUUGAGUAUUUGAAGCCGUUAGUUAUAACUUUUGCUUGACAUGCAAACAGUGUAGAACUAAUUUCAAUUUUUCUUGUUGCACUAUUCAUUUGGUAAUAUUUCAGAACUAUUUGUGAAACGUGAUUUUAAAAUACCAACUUUAAAAAUAAGCAACUAUAGCAGUUUUUAAAACCUAGAUUGAAAUUCAUAUUUUACUGCCUUUAUAGGAAGUUAUCUACAAACCUGGGUAAUACUUGUACAUUUUGACUGUUUUCUUUAAUAAAAUAUUGAAAACCUUUA